AGCGUUUGUGCGAAAGUUUAGUAAAGAAAAAAGGUCCUGCAUAAUAGAUUUACGUCAGGACAAUAGUUACACUUUCACAGAAGUAGCACAUUCCUUCAGCAGCAGCUAAGAAAUGAAGCACAAAAUUUCGACAAGUUUCUUGACAUUGCUCUUCUGUCUUCUCAUAACCACUGCUGAUGCCAGUAACGACACAAGGACUGGAUACGCCUGUGACGGGAUGCAGGUCACCCUGUACUGUGACCUGGGUCAAGCUAUUAACGUUCUCGACGCUUCUUACGGCUAUUUCGGCCCACAUUCUUGUGACAAUGACCAUCAGGAAAUAGUCUGUUACAGACCAGUUACAAACGUCAUCUCAUACUUGUGUCAAGGACGUGUGGCGUGCACUGUGAUGGUGGGAAGCAGAACGUUUGAGAACCCUUGUUCCCAAAAUCUUUUCAAACGAUUGGAGGUUCAAUACGAGUGUAAAACAAGCAGCUACUCAACGUAACUCUGAACAAUCUGUUCCCUAGUUACAAUCUGUUCCCUAGUUACAAUCUGUUCCCUAGUUACAAUCUGUUCCCAAGUUACAACCUGUUCCCUAGUUACAA